GAAAACAAUGGGGAAGAAGACAAAAUACAGAUGAGAAAAGGUGGGGGAGCCGAGCUCUGCAAUUGCGAAAUUGCAAGCUCAUCAUCAUCAUCACCGUCAUCACCACCGCCCCUGUAGCGGAAACGGGUCGUACGAACGGAUUCGCCGUUCCAAUUCGCCCCCAAAUCCUCCCGCAAUCUGGUCGGUGAGCCCCGAGCUUCUCUCCCCGCUCGGCCGCGCGCGCGCUCUUGCUUCCGGUUCGAUCACGUCGCGCUGAUCGUCGAUUCCCCUUUCCAUCUCGGGUCGAAGGAGCCGCGGCUUGCGGCGGUCGAGGCUUUCGGAAUUGGUCGCGGCUCUCGUGUUGUGCGAGUGCGGAGGUGGAACGAGGGUGCGGGGGAGGAAUUGCGUUUUCGCUUUUGGGUGUUUUUUGUGUUUUUUUGUGACUUCUGGCGCUUCCGCCAGAUCAAGCUCCGGGAUUUUGUCGGAGUUCCGCGUUUCCAAACUCCGAGAUGCCGCCAGCGAUGCGUCUGUAGGAUUCGUGUUGUUAGUGGUGCUUGAUGGCGUUCUUGCGGCGGAAAUGCAUGAAUUGGGUGUUUAGUUGAUUUGGACGUGUCGAUCAGUUCUGCAAAUUGCGGCCUUUUGUUGAAUUAUGGAGUACGACUGUGAAAAUAAGCGUCUGUCAGUUUGAAUUGCACUUGGUAGAUUGGGAGGUUAAAGUGGUGUGCAACCCGUGCCCUGCAUAAUUAUUUUCUGCCUUUUGGUUUUUUGGUCGUUACCAGGGAAAUAUAGUUGACUGGGGAUUUUUUUUAUUUUUUUAUUGUGAAAUAGUGUGGGCUAUUGGAAGUUGAAUUCAGGAGGUGCUUGCUCACGGGUGCUUGUCCGCUCUUUAAUCCAGAAGAGCUGAUCAUUGGUGACUUGAGUUGAGAGUCCAGUCUCCGACGCAGAAAAUGUACCGUACUGUGGCCACUGCCACAGCUGUUGGUGGAUUACCAACUGAUAGUGGGGAAUAUGUAGUGAGUUUGGAUCAGGUUCCGAGGUGGAGUGAUACAGAAUAUAGAUCGUCCUUGGAUUAUGAAAAUGGGGAUCCUUCAUUUUCUAACUCAUAUUUUGCUGAUCCUCUGACGUCAUAUUCUGAAAUUACUGGCAAUGGGACGAUGUCGAGGUUUCCGGUUCAACAUGAAGUUAACUCAAAGGUAUAUCUGUGGAGGGGACACCCAUGGAAUCUCGAGGUGGAUGCAGUCGUGAAUUCUACGAACGAGAGUAUGGAUGAAGCACACAGUAGUCCUGGUUUACAUGCUGCUGCUGGGCCUGGUCUCGCUGAAGAAUGUGCGACACUGGGGGGAUGUCGGACUGGAAUGGCAAAAGUUACAAACGCAUAUGAUCUUCCAGCAAGGAGGGUGAUUCAUACUGUUGGUCCUAAAUAUGCUGUCAAAUAUCAUACUGCUGCUGAGAAUGCAUUAAGUCAUUGUUACCGCUCUUGCCUUGAACUUCUUAUUGAUAAUGGGCUUCAAAGCAUUGCCAUGGGUUGCAUAUACACAGACUCAAAGAACUAUCCGCGUGAGCCAGCAGCACAUGUGGCUAUAAGGACUGUUCGUCGUUUUCUUGAGAAGCAAAAGGACAGAAUCAAAGCAGUUGUAUUUUGCACCACGACUGCAGUUGACACUGAGAUCUAUAAAAGACUGCUUCCACUUUACUUUCCCCGAGAUAAACAUGAGGAAGAGGUAGCCAUUUCCAAGCUUCCUGCAGAUGUUGGGGAUGAAAAUGGUGAGACAAUUAUUGACGAACGUAAAAUCCGAAUCAAGCCUUUGCCAAAGAAGGGUAUACCCAAACCUCCACGAGCCUCUGAGGAUCCUCCCAUCAGUGAUGUUGGCUUGGUUAGAAGGACUUCUUCAUAUUUGGACUCAUACUUGGAUCCUGCCUUCAUGUCAUUAAUUAAAGAUCCAGAUCAACGGCGAAAGGAGCAAUGGGAAAAAACUGCCCAAGCACAGAGUGGCUGGAAUUGUGCUAGAUUGCUUGGAUUGGGUGAUCUCGGAGGACCUCCUUUAUCUGUUGCUGAAGAAUACUCACUUCAUUCUAGAUACCUCUCUAAAGCCAAUUCUGUUAAUCUAUCCGAAAUUGCAGAGAUGAAGAUUGUUUACCGAGGUGGGGUGGACAGUGAGGGUCGCCCUGUGAUGGUAGUUGUGGGAGCACAUUUUCUGCUGCGCUGUCUUGAUCUAGAAAGAUUUGUCCUCUAUGUUGUAAAGGAAUUUGAGGCGGUGAUAAAGAAACCUUACACUAUUGUAUACUUCCAUUCUGCGGCAUCUUUGCAGCUUCAACCUGAUCUGGGAUGGAUGAGGCGGAUGCAACAGAUACUCGGUCGUAAGCACCAGCGUAAUUUGCAUGCAAUCUAUGUUCUUCACCCAACUUUUCACCUAAAGGCCACAACUUUUGCCUUGCAGUUGUUUGUAGACAAUGUGGUGUGGAAGAAAGUGGUGUACGUUGAUCGACUUCUGCAAUUAUUCAGAUAUGUUCCUCGUGAGCAGUUGACAAUACCCGAUUUUGUGUUCCAGCACGAUUUAGAAGUGAACGGUGGCAAGGGUCUUAUUGUGGAUCCCAGGACCAAAUACGUGUAUCAACGACCAUAGUAGUACCAACUACAGUUUGAUUGGCGACAAGCAGCAGCGCAAUUCUCUUUCUCUCUCUCUCUAAAGCUGGCUUGCUGUGUCUUCGGCCUACAUUUAUGUACAAAAUCAUAAGCUUUUGUUUAUUCUUUCUUCCCCUCUCUCUCUGUAAGUGUAAGUGUUUUAGAUUGUCGAUUUGUUUGACUGAAGAUAGAAUAAAGUUUAUCUGUUUCUCGUUGUGUUCUUGGAUGAAUGAGCUGUGGUAUUUGAAAAUAGUUUUGCUUUC